UGUUCUCUAUUAUUUUUCUCGUUGAAAAUGUUAUCGCGUUCAAGAUAUCGUCAGCGGGUUGUUUGCACAAGAACGAGGAGUUUACCCUCUGUGCCUGGACUUGCCCGCCGACUUGCAUCAACUUGCGGCUGCUGGCUAGGACGAGGUUUAGUUGCCCCUCCAAGUGGGAGUGCAAGCUGGGCUGCCACUGCUCAUCCGGCUAUGUGAGAGACGAGUAUACCAAGGACUGCGUGUCGGUGGAGAAAUGUCCAGGUGACGAAUGUUUAAGAAUGCGAUGACCCAAUUUAUUUCGAACAUGUAUAAAUAACACUGAGACAACAAAAUGUUUGGCAAAUUGUAGAAAUAUCGACAAAAUGAAGGUUGUAUUUUGCGUGUGUCUUUUCGCGCUGGUGAAGGCAGCACCCACUAUCGUCGAAACUGUGAAUAAACAGGACUACAACCAACCUCAGGCCAAUCAACCCUUGGACUACAAUCAAGCGCAGGCCUUCAAUCAACCUUUGGACUACAACCAAGCGCAGGCCUACAACCAACCUCAAGCCUACCAACAGGUUUAUAACCAACCUUUGGACUACAACCAGCUCCGAGCCUACAAUCAGCCCCUGGUCUACAAUCAACCUCUGGACUACCAAGCCGUCGACUUAAACCAGCUCCGAGCCUACAACCAGCCUCUGGGCUACAACCAGCUCGACCAGCGCCUGAACUACCCGAGGGGACGACGGUCGAACCAGUAUGCUGUCGUGUCUCCCUGCGCCGCUGCCGCCGCAUCCGUGCCCUACGCAACCUACGGUCAUGGGUACGCCACACCCUACGCCUAUCCCUACAUGCCAGGGCGCGUCUACCGAGCUGAUGAGGAACAGGAGACCAUGAGCUUCUCCGACGCGGACCAGAUGGAGAGCAUGCCCAGGAGCUACGAAGCACCCUCAGGUCUGGCGUACGGGGUGUUCCCCAACGCCAACACCGGGGGCUGCGGCAUGCCCCUGCUCGUCAGCUGCUCUCCCAACGUGGUUCAGGGGCGGCUGGUGAAGGCGGAGCCUCACAGCUACAGCACCCCGGUCAACUACCGACUCGACCACGCGGAUGCCCACCCCAGUGCAGACGAUGCGAAGACGCGACUCAGUGAAUAGAUUAAUUAUUGUGAAAUAAAUUCGUUUUAUUAUU